CUCAAGUCCCACGGAUCUUUCUUUCACGCAUUGCUAUUUUCUAUUGCUUGAUUUUUGUUACUUUAUAUUUAUUUAGAUUUAGGCUUUUAUUGUAAUUAGAUCACAUCGGCAAUAUAGUCGCUAAAUAUGAUACAAUUAACACCACUUGCUGAAUAAAAACAUGAAAUAACAGUUGUUGAUUGAAAAUUAAGAUACAGAGACAUGAUAAUAUCAAAUGCUAUUGCUACUGUAUUGAGAGAGAAUGAGAUUUGUGUCUAGCUCUGACUCACAGGGAGAGGGAGUGAGUGAGUAACAGUCUGACAGAUAGGCCGAGAGAGAGAGAGAGAGAAUAGGUGAAGAAGAUGUUGGGUUCUUUGGUUCUUCAUCAUGCCAAUCCUGCUGCUGCUGCUGCUCUUGGAUCCUUGACCAGCAACAACUACCUGAGACUGAGGGCCUUGAAGAUUAAUCGACACUCUGGCAAAAAGCAAGCACCACCAGUAACCUUUGGAUCUCAAAACUCAUCGCUUGGGUACCGCAGACUUGUUUCCCCGUCAACAAGUUCAAUAUGUGCCACGGGGGAGGAUAGUUUCAAAAGUUCAGCUGUUUUCACAGACGACAGCUCCGCAGUGACAAUGACUGAUGAAGAGAUGGAAAGUAUUGGAAUCUUGAGCAUCGAUCAAGCCUUGGAACCAUACAAGGAGCACUUCAAGUACAUAAUAAAGAGAUAUGUGGAUCAGAAAGGGCUUAUUGAGACAUAUGAAGGAGGUCUAGAGGAAUUUGCUCAAGGUUAUGUGAAAUUUGGAUUUAACAGAGAAGAAGAUGGAAUUGUGUACCGUGAAUGGGCUCCUGCUGCUCAGGAGGCACAGCUUAUUGGGGACUUUAAUGGAUGGGAUGGCUCCAAACACAAGAUGGAGAAAAACCAAUAUGGGGUUUGGAGUAUCAAGAUACCAAAUUAUGGUGGAAAUUCAGCCAUUCCUCACAAUUCAAGGGUUAAAUUCCGCUUCAAGCAUGGAAAUGAAGUUUGGGUUGAUCGUAUCCCUGCUUGGAUUAAAUAUGCCACCGUGGACCCAGCCAGGUUCGCAGCACCAUAUGAUGGUGUGUACUGGGAUCCACCACCAUCAGAAAGGUUUCAGUUCAAGCAUCCUCAUCCUCCAAAACCCAAAGCUCCGCGAAUAUAUGAGGCUCAUGUUGGAAUGAGUGGCUCAGAACCCCAAAUAAGUUCAUACAGAGAAUUUGCUGAUGAUGUUUUGCCCCGUAUCCGAGCAAAUAACUAUAACACAGUCCAGUUGAUGGCUGUGAUGGAGCAUUCCUAUUAUGCAUCAUUCGGCUAUCAUGUGACAAACUUCUUUGCCGUAAGCAGUAGAUCUGGAACACCUGAGGACCUUAAAUAUCUAAUUGAUAAAGCCCAUUGUCUAGGCCUGCGGGUAUUGAUGGAUGUUGUUCACAGCCAUGCAAGUAACAACGUUACUGAUGGCCUCAAUGGCUUUGAAGUUGGUCAAAGCUCACAAGAGUCCUACUUCCACACAGGGGAUAGAGGCUACCAUAAGUUAUGGGAUAGCCGACUUUUCAACUAUUCUAAUUGGGAAGUUCUCCGCUUCCUUUUAUCCAACUUGAGGUGGUGGCUGGAGGAGUUUAAAUUUGAUGGGUUUCGAUUUGAUGGAGUAACUUCAAUGUUAUAUCAUCACCAUGGGAUAAACAUGGCAUUUACAGGGGAUUAUCAUGAGUAUUUUAGUGAGGCAACAGAUGUUGAUGCUGUGGUUUAUUUGAUGCUUGCCAACUAUCUGAUCCAUAAGAUUUUGCCAGAUGCAACUGUAAUUGCUGAAGAUGUUUCUGGUAUGCCUGGACUUGGUCGGCCUGUCUCUGAAGGUGGUAUUGGUUUUGAUUACCGGCUGGCAAUGGCCAUCCCUGACAAAUGGAUUGAUUACCUGAAAAACAAGAAUGAUGAAGAGUGGUCAAUGAAGGAAAUUUCAUGCAGCUUGACAAAUAGGAGAUACACUGAGAAGUGUAUCUCCUAUGCGGAGAGUCAUGACCAGGCAAUUGUGGGUGACAAGACAAUUGCGUUCUUUUUGAUGGAUAGAGAAAUGUAUUCUGGCAUGUCUUGCUUAACUGAUGCUUCUCCUACUAUUGAGCGAGGGAUAGCGCUUCACAAGAUGAUACAUUUUCUAACUAUGGCAUUAGGAGGUGAGGGCUACCUUAAUUUUAUGGGAAAUGAGUUUGGCCAUCCUGAAUGGGUCGACUUUCCAAGAGAAGGCAAUGGGUGGAGUUAUGAAAAGUGCAGACGCCAAUGGAACCUGGUGGAUACAGAUCACCUGAGAUAUAAGUUUAUGAAUGCAUUUGACAGAGCUAUGAAUUUGCUUGAUGAAAAAUUUUCAUUCCUGUCAUCGACACAGCAGAUAGUGAGUAGCACAAAUGAAGAAGACAAGGUUAUUGUCUUUGAGCGUGGAGAUUUAGUUAUUGUGUUCAAUUUUCAUCCAGAAAACACAUAUGAUGGGUAUAAAGUUGGGUGUGACUUACCUGGGAAGUACAGAGUUGCACUAGAUAGUGAUGCUUGUGAGUUUGGUGGACAUGGAAGAGUAGGCCAUGAUGUUGACCACUUCACAUUCCCAGAAGGAAUACCAGGGGUUCCUGAAACUAAUUUUAACAACCGUCCCAACUCCUUCAAAGUACUCUCACCGGCUCACACAUGCGUGGUUUAUUAUCGAGUGGAUGAAAGUCUGGAAGCAGAUGUGGAUGAGACAUCAAUAGCAGAAGUUGUGGUUGGGAAGGAGAAUUUUGAAGAGUCGGGUUCCGUGAUAGACGAUGGCAAUGUUGGUCCAAGAGCAGAAAAGAGUGGCGAAGGGUCAUCAGAUGACUGAACUGAAAGUUUUACUCUCUGUAAAUUGUGGAUGUGAAUAAAAAUAAUGGGGUUUGCUGUCAGUGUUAAAAACAAUGUAACUGGGGACUGAACUGAAAGUUUUACUCUCUGUAAAUUGUGGAUGUGAAUAAAAAUAAUGGGGUUUGCUUUCAGUGUUAAAAAUAAUGUAACUGGGGUCAUCAGAUGACUCCCAGAUGACUGAACUGAAAGUUUUACCCUCUGUAAAUUGUGGAUGUGAAUAAAAAUAAUGGGGUUUUCUAUCA